AUGAAACAAGCUUUUGUUGACAAGACCGUCACGGUCGCCGUGCGGGAUACCGAGGUUCCCACUCCACAGCCAGGCCAAGUGCUUAUUCGCGUGGUGGUCUCGGGGACCAACCCAAAGGACUGGAAAGUACCCCGGUGGCGCCCUGAUGCCCCUCCCACGAACCAAGGCGAUGAUAUUGCCGGCUACGUCGAAUCCGUGGGCGAAGGGGUGGUUGGGUUUAGAAAGGGGGACAAGGUGGCUGCGUUCCACGAGAUGUUGGCGCCAUAUGGAAGUUAUGGGGAGUAUGCGAUCGCGUGGGAGUAUACCACUUUCCAUUUGACGGCAAAGACAAGCUUUGAAGAGGCUGCCACUGUCCCUCUGGCUGCGAUGACCGCGGCACUGGGCCUUUUUCAAAAGUUGAACCUGCCACUGCCCUGGAACCCGACCAGCGAGCCAUUGCCCUUGGUCAUAUACGGUGGAGCCAGCGCUGUUGGAGCCUUCGCUAUCAAAUUCGCGACGCUAUCCAACAUUCACCCAUUGAUUGUCGUCGCCGGCAAGGGCGCCUCCUUCGUAGAGGGUCUCAUUGACCGAUCCAAGGGCGAUACCAUCGUCGACUAUCGUGAAGGGGAUGAUGCAGUCCGGUCAAAGAUCAAGGCCGCGGCCGGCAAAAACCCUAUUCAUCAUGCCUAUGACGCAGUCUCCGAGCAUGGCAGCUACUUGAACACUAGCGCUGCUCUCACUGCACCAGCUACCAUCACCACCGUUUUGCCACCCAAGGAGGACGACGAGAUCCCCACUGGAAUCAAGAUUGACAGGACCAUGGUCGGAUCAGUACACAUGGACCCGACAGCGGGCAAGACGAUCGAAGACCGCGAAUUUGGGGCCGCGUUUUUCCCAUUCAUCGGGCGUGGGUUAGCUCAGGGAUGGUUCUCAGGACAUCCAUUUGAAGUGCGCCCAGGUGGAUUGAACGGAGUCGAGGGUGCACUGCGAGAUCUCGAAGCGGGCAAGGCGUCUGCAGUGAAAUAUGUGGUGCGGAUCGCGGAGACCGACGGAGUGUCGCAGUAA